CUGCUACAAACCCGUGCUCUAAACUCACUGGAUCUUGUUAUCACCUUUGCCAAUUAUUUCUUUUACUUCCUUAUUGCUGAAUGGGGAAAAUGGCUUCAUACCAUAGCACCUAUCCGUAAAAUACUGUCAAACUAUAUAGUCAAAUACUAAACUAGUUAUCUAAACCCUGAAAUGCCUGUAAUGGCUUUAUGUUAUGUGGGGUAUUUACAUUUCAAUGUACAACAUAUACAUCCCAAGAUACAUUUCAAUAAUCAAGUUAAUACAUUCAUGUGCAGUUACUGAAAUAUUUAUUUAUUCUUAAUUCUUUCUCUUUUUUUAACUUCUUAUGUUGAACUAUUGUCUGGUGUUAUGUUUAAAUGCCCUUGUUGCUUUCUAAGAGUUGCCCUACUAAAUUUUAUUGUAUUGUAUACUAGGAACAAUAAAACAUCUCUUAUCUAUAUCCUAUAGCCUGGAUAAUGCAGGAAACCUAGCUGCUUUUACAACCUGCUAAACCAGUUCCAGAGUAUGCCAGAGUUAUGUACAUGCUCUCAUGUAGGAUUCUAUGUGACAAAUAAAUCAUUUCAGAAGUAAAUAUGUGCUUAUGUGUCGAAAACAUGUGUUGCAUUUUAAGCUUAAGGAAAGACACUCUAUCUGGUUUCUAGUUAAAAUAACAAGCUGUUGUUUUUUUGUGUUUGUUUGGGGGUUUUUUUUAAUUAAAGAAGAAUAUGUCUAUUGCUGUCAUAAUAUAGUGAUACAUGCUGUUAUUGGGAAAUAAUCCCAAUAGGGUUUCACCACAUCACACCACUCUAGAUUUUGACAAAUGAAUUAAAUCUCAGUCAAUGUAGUGUAUGAGUCCAACUGCAUGUGGUUGUGCAUUUGUAUUCUAUGCCAUUUAUUCAUUAACCUUAGGUAUGGCUUACCUUUAAAAAAAAGUGGGCAUGGCCCAGUGCACAGAGCAACUGGUGUUACAGCUCUGUGGUUUCACUUUUUCUUUGAGCACGUUGAUAUAUAAAUAGAUUCUCACAUUUCUGUGGGAAUUACAGUAUGGGUUGUGAGGGAAGCGUCAUGGACGCCUCUGAUAACGAAUAUGACUCUACAUGGGACGAUAAGAAUGACGAACAUUUCAGCAUGACACCGGUACAUAAGCAGCAGACAUGGAGAGCACACAGAAACCUGGAGGCUGCACGGGACAUGCAAAACUACAGGCGUAGAUGUCGAUACAUCAGAUAUGCUUAUAUGGUACAUGGUCAAGAUCAUCAUUUCCAUAAUCUUCAUUUUUAUCAAAAUAAAAUUCCCUCUCACCCUGAUGGUGUAAAUAUUGAAGAUUUUCACACUAAAUGGUUUGGUGAUUACACAAGGCUGGAAAAUGUGCAUUCCUACAUUCAGUGGUUGUUUCCGACUCAAGAGCCAGGGGUAAAUUAUAGUGCACAUGUCCUUACCCCAACAGAAAUCGGGCAUUUCCAUAAGGAUAUGAUGGUAAAGAAAAGACUGUUAAAGUCUUACAAGCUCAUGUUGGACUUUUACGGAAUAGAGCUUGUCAAUGAGAAAACUGGAGAGGUGAAACGUGCACAAAACUGGAGAGAACGAUUUGAAAACCUAAACAGAAACACGCACAACAAUCUUCGCAUCACCCGCAUCCUAAAGUGCCUUGGUUUACUGGACUUUAGUCACUAUCAAGCACCGCUGGUUCACUUCUUCCUUAAGGAGACUCUGGAGCAUGACACACUUCCCCGAGUAAAGCAGAGCGCUCUGGACUACUUUAUAUUUGCAGUUCUGGACAAGCGUCAACGAAAAGAUCUGAUCAGAUUUGCCUUCUGGUAUUUUGAGCCAAAAGAGAAAUUUGUGUGGUGUCCUAGAAGGAUUCAAAGAAAUUUUUUGAAAGAAAUGACACAAAAGAAACAUCCUUCCCAUUCACAGGCUUGUACAAGAAGGGAAGAAACGCACCACCAAUAUGGUUAUAGAAAACAGCAGACAGCGGACUUCCAUAGAAGUCAAAAUAGUACAAGGAACAAGGGCACAAAGUGCAGGAUGAAGAAAAAUAGAUCCUAGAAAUCUCACACAAACUAUACUGUAUAACAGAGCUCAGAGUCGUAGACAGAACCAGAACAGUGUGGCCAGGAUGGACUUGGUCUUUUAAUUAUCGCAGCAAAACAACUCAACAAUCUCAAAAGUAUACAGUAUAAAGUGAAAAGUCAUUUAUUUCAGGUGGUAUUUAUUUGCUUAACACACUGUUAAACUAAUGUUUGUUAACAUUAAUUCAUGUUUUUUCUUUUUUUUCCCAUUCAUUAUCCCGUGUUCAACAGCAGUCAUGUACAAUAAAUGGAUUAUUUAGAGUUACAAUCAAACCACCAUGCUUUGAUGCAAUGGGAAAAAAACUUUUAUGGUUAUUUACAUUUAAAGUUUUUUGUAGUUUUGUAGUUUUAUGUAAUUGCAGUGCAAUUUUAGUCAUAACAAGUCUUUAUAUAUAUUGUUCUGUAUCAUUGUGGUUCUCAUUGUAUCUUAAAAUGAGAAGUAAAUGAGAAAAAAGAAGAAAAUGAGAAAAAAAUAUAUACAUAGAUUGAUUAAAAUGUGUUUAUGAAUCACUUCUACAUGAUUUUCCACAAUAUUUGUACAAACUGAAAAAUAUUGACUAUUGCACCUUUAAUUUGAAGGUAACUGGAAAUAUCUGGACUCAAAAGUCGGGAAAUAAAGUUCACAAUUGGGGGGGGGAUAAAAUACUGAAAUUGUGACCAUCUUUAACUACAGUAUUUUUAUUUAUUUAUUUAUUUUUGUAGUAUUUCUGAA